UCGUCAGGCAUAAUGAGUAAACGCCAACAGCAUUAGAACAAGAAUUACAGACACGAAUUCCACACAAGUAGCCAGCAAAAAGAACGUACAGUUACCAACGGAGGCCGAGAGUCUGCCGAGCGGGACAAGCUGCACGUCGACUCGGUUUAUCCUUUCAACCCCUCCAACCCGUCUAUCCACAACCUCUAAUUCGGAAGGCUCUGAAGGAUCUGCGGGGCGUUUCUCAUUUCCGGAAGGUGCACAGACCUUCAGGCGUCCCAAGGGCAAGGUCAGGAUACGUGACAAAGUGCAGGAGGAUCUCGAGGGCGAAUUAUAGGGUCGCCGGAGGUUAGGAGAGGUUGAAAGGUUACACAAGAUUCAGACGUUUGAGAGACGAUUCCAUCGCAUCGCUCGGCCUUGAAGAUUUCCCAAGGUCAAGAAAAGAAGGAGUGAAGGACGAGGCACAAUGCAGGACAUCGGCGAUCCUAUGAAAGUGGAGGUUCCGAAGAUCAACGACUUGUUCAGCCUCGACCCCUACAUCAAGCCCUUCGAGAGGGAGAUCAGGAGGAGAUAUGGAUGCUUUAAGAAAUUACUCAGCCAAAUAACUGAAGCAGAAGGAGGACUGGAGAAAUUCUCUCGUGGCUAUGAGACCUUUGGCCUCCAUGUUAAUCCAGACAACAGUGUGACCUGCCGAGAAUGGGCUCCCUUGGCCCAGGGACUGUUCCUCAAAGGGGAUUUUAAUAACUGGGAGAAGUGUGCACUGCCCUUUAAGAAGUUGGACUUUGGCAAAUGGGAAAUAACCGUACCACCCAACCCCGAUGGAUCCUGCCCCAUUCCCCACUUGUCACGUGUCAAGGUGAGAAAGGCUGGAUCCCCACAAUGUUAAUUUUAUGGCAUUAUU